AAGAUGUACUCCUUUAAAUUAAUUCUUUCCAUUGCAUCUCCUGUUUUCAAAGCAAUGUUUUCUUCCGAUUUCAAAGAAAAAAAUGCUAAGGAAAUUGAGCUUCCCGGAAAAACCUACUGGGAUUUCGAAAAAUUUCUUAUGUGCUUAUCGCCAGAUAAAAACUUGGAUUUGGAUGAUGAUAUAAUUGAGAGGUUACUACCGUUAGCCCAAGAAUACCAGGUUAAUUCAAUUAUCAGGAAAUGUGAAACAUGGCUUCUUAAAGAGAUGGACAUUAGAGAAGCUACAGAUAAUUCCAUGAGAAAAGAGGUGGAAUUUUUAUUAAAAUCAUACUAUUACGGAAGUGAAUACAAAAUGCCAAAAAUACGAGCACGGGCUUUGAAACGACUAGUGCCAUUUAAAUUGAAGACUUACAAGAGUGUAAAAUCAUUUUAUGAAGAUCUCUCUGAAAAAGAUAAAGUAGAACUUCUGGAGGCCAGAAUAUAUGAAGUUGAUUCUUCACACGAGGCUGGUAUGUAUUGUGAAGAACAGUCUUCAUAUUUUUGGUAACUUUUUGUGAUUUUCAUAAACAAGAUAUAUGUAUGUAUGAAACAUUAUUAUAUAUAUCUCGGUACAUUGUAAUAAUA